AUGGCCUUGUUUAACUGGGCCUUUGCCAGACGUCAUGGCGGACAGUUUCUGCUACGUAUUGAAGACACGGAUCAGGCGCGCAGCACCGGAGAGUCUGAGCAGGUCAUAUUCGAUGCGUUACGCUGGCUCAAUCUCGAUUGGGACGAAGGUCCUGAUGUCGGUGGUCCACACGGCCCUUAUCGUCAGAGUGAGCGCCGCGAAAUCUACGCCCGCUACAGCGAAAAGCUGGUUUCAGGCGGGCAUGCGUUUCCCUGUUUCUGCAGUAAAGAGCGUCUGGACCAGGUGCGCAGUGCUCAACAGGCGGCUAAACAAACUACCCGGUAUGACGGACACUGCCUGAAUCUCGCGCCAGAUGACGUGAGCGCGCGUCUGUCGGCGGGCGAAACCCAUGUCAUUCGUAUGUGCGUGCCUGACGAGGGUGAGUGUACAUUUAAAGACGAGUUGCGCGGCGAAAUCACCAUUCCUUACAGUCAGGUUGACAUGCAGGUGCUGGUGAAAAGUGACGGCAUGCCGACUUAUCACCUGGCAGUGGUGGUGGAUGACCAUCUCAUGGGUAUUACCCACAUCCUGCGUGGUGAAGAGUGGGUGACUUCUGUGCCCAAACACAAGCUCCUGUACGAGUAUCUGGGUUGGCAGAUGCCGGUGUUGAUCCACCUGCCGCUGUUGCGCAACCCUGAUCAGAGUAAAUUGUCAAAGCGCAAGAAUCCCACCAGCGUGACUUAUUACCGGGACGAAGGCUUUCUGCCUGAAGCACUGCUCAACUAUCUUGGCCUUAUGGGCUACUCGAUGCCCGAUGAACGGGAAAUUUUCAGUAAGCAGGACAUGCUGGAAGUCUUUGAUGAAAGCCGUAUUUCAGUUGGCGCACCCAUUUUUGACCCGGUAAAACUCGCCUGGUUGAACGGUCAAUAUCUACGCGCGAUGGAUGCAGAUGAGUAUGCCGCUCGUGUUGCAUCCUGGAUGCUUAACAAAGAGCGCCUGUCAGCUCUGGUGCCGUUGGUACAGGAACGGGCGGAGAAGCUUUCUGACCUCAUGCCGCUGGUUGACUACCUUGUUGGGGCCAGAAAAGCGCUCAGCGAAGAAGAUUUCCAGCACAAAAGCCUGGAACGCAAAGAUGUUGUGCAGGUCUUGCAUCACACAUUGGCAGAAUUUGAUAAGCAGCGCAGCUGGGAGCGGGAUGAGCUGUUCGAGCUGUGCCAGAAAAUGGCCCAGCACCUUGAUCUUAAAUUCCGCGAUUUCCUGUUUCCUCUGUUUAUUGCCAUCAGCGGCCGCAGCGUGUCAUUGCCGCUGUUCGAUUCGCUGAUUUUCCUGGGGGCUGACUUGUCACGCUGGACUUUGGUCGACAAUGCCUUGACGCGUAACUUCGCGUUUGAUGACUUUGUUGCCGCUUUUGCGUUCAUGACCAAGGUUGCAUUGCUGGCAGAAAAAGCUGAUCACCAUCCAAGCUGGCAUAACGUCUACAACACGGUCAAAAUCAGCUUGAACACCCACGAUGCGGGUAAUACCGUCACAGACAAAGAUAUUGCUUUAGCAACUGACAUCAAUGCCUGCAUCGCAUAA